AGGCGGCUCCGGCACGCGCCGCCCGCGGCGAUGUCGCGGAGCUCUCGGGCCGUGCUGGCCGCCUCCGCGCUGCUCUCCGCCGCCAUCGUGGCGGCCGUGCACGUCCAGCAGCGGCGGGAGCGCGAGAGGCUGCACAGUGGAGUUCUCAGAGAUCUUGAACGUCAAAAUCAGAAAAAGGAGAACAUUCGCCUCCUGGAAGAGCAGAUUGCUUUGACAAAGCAACUUCUGGAAGAAAGAGAGAAGGCACUAAUGGAAAAAGAGUCCCAGCAGUCCUAGGCACAGACCUG